AAUGGCGAAUAAAAUUGUGUAUGUCGAUUCACUUGACGUUCAAAAGAACAAUUUCGAGGAUUUGUUAGUGACUGAUCCCCUUUUUGUGGAAUAUUUCAACGAAUUUCUCCAGUUACCCACUUUUCCAGAACCGUUAUGUUUCAAUCGGGAUACUGGAGGCUUCGAGAUAGUCUCUACGGAGAAGAAGGAGAUUGCAAAACGUAUCAAGGCCGCCAUUCGAUCGGGAAUGAAGAAGAGCAGAAUAUUUUAUCCAGUACGCCAUCAUUCUUUCAAACCCCUUCCAAAAUUACUCAUGGAAGAGCCGAAAGAUGAUGGAAGAAUAGAAAUCGAUACUACAUUUAGCGUUAAAACACUGAAUAAAGAGCAAGGAAUUGAAUGGAUUAAAGCCGAACGUUUACCUGCCUUUCUCGAGUCAGACACUUAUGUUGAGUACCGUUUAGCUAAACUUCUGUCUCAAGUAGAAUUCUCUGACGGUCAACGAAACGAAGAGUUUUUAAAUUAUAAAAUUGAACGUCGUCCUCGGCCACCUUCUCCUGAAUCAUCUCCAAUUCCGAUUAAUGAUACAGAAAUUAAUCAGGUUGAUGAGGAAGAAAGAGCUAAACAGAGUCUAUUAAAAGACCUUUAUGUUAGCCUGGGAGAAUCUUCAACGACUCAGACUGAACUCUGGGUAGCUCAAGCUCAAGUUGCUCAAACCGAAACCGUACAAUCGGAUAAUAGACCACUGUCUGCAGUUGAUAGUGGAAUAGGCUCAAGAGCACAUACGGCAAAACCUGUUAUACCUAGACCUAGCGAUCCUAUUUGUGUCACAACGCCGGAUGUUUCUCGAGAACCUGUUUGUUUACAAAACAAGAGCAGUGUUGUUUAUAUUCAGCCAAAAUCCGCAGGUGUCCGAUUCGCCGAUGAAACAGACUCUACUGAAGAUGCUGAAGAAGAAAGUGGUCCGCUGAUAUUUUCAUCUGUGGACGACGUUGGGGCUGUUGUCGUUGCCACAGCGAUUAAACAAGCUUUUGCAGAUGUCUUAGGCAUUGAACCAGAACAAGUUGCAAAGCAUGAAAAUAUUAGAAAAUUAUAUCCUAAUGAUAAAUAUUGCGAUUACGAUAGUAACGCAAUAGAUAGUGCUGUGUAUUGUAUUAAAAAACCGGCAAUGCAAGAUUUAAUAGAAAAGGAAGCGGCAGAAAUGAGAGAGAAUGAAAACAAAGACAAAAAAGUUGAAGAAAUAGAUGAUGGCGAUGACAAAGAUUCAGCUUUAGAAUCGGAUGAAGAAGAAAGCGAUACUCUUUUCAAAAGGAAGCCAAAGCCAUAUUCACUAGAUAAAUUGAAUGGAAUCAGAGCUUUUGCAAAUUUCCUUACUUCCACCGCUGGUGAGAAAAACUGGCUUUUGUGGCAUGAUAUUGAUAGAUUACCCUUUGUUCCGGAGGAGCAUUUGACAAAUUACAUAUCAGCUAUGAGAGAACGCUAUCACGCCCAGAAUGCGGCCUACAGAUUAUCAGAACAACUGCUGACACAAUUGACCCUACAUCAGCCAUUUUCCUGGAACAAAGAUCACCUAUUAGAAUGUCAACAUCUUGUUGUUAUCCCAUUACUAACAUACUGGGCCCCUAGAUUUCUCUUACAAGAAAAUCAAAAGCUAGAAAGAGAAAGCUCUUUGUUAAACAAAUUAUUAGAGUACAAUCAGUCGAGAACGAAAACUGAAUUUAUACCAACUCCAAAGGCUCCCCCACUACUCCCUAGACGAUCGGCAUCCGUUCCGCAAAGAACUCUCCAAAUAUCAGACGCAUUCGCCCCUGAAGAGAAGACAGUUGAGACCGAAAAAGUAAUUGAACUGACAAGACCAAAAUCUGCAAGACAGCCUAUGCCACCUUUAAGGCCAGCCGCUAGUAGACCUACGACAGCAAGACCCGGAACAGCCCGGCCUACCCAACGAGGGGCCGCCAAUAACAAAACUCCAAAACAACUUAUAGAGGCCAAAAUUAGGAUGGAAAGAAGAGAAAGAGAGGAAUUUGAAAAACAGAUUAAAAGAGAAAACCAGAUCGAAUUGAAUAAAAGGAGAAAGGACGAUGAUGAAACGUCAAGCACGAGUUCCAAUGACUCCGCUAUAUCAUCACCGAGUACUUAUAGGCCCUCAUCAUGUGCAUCUAACAAAUCGAGCGCUUUUAGUGAAGAGUCCGAUUGGUUAGGAGGUCGAAGGAUGCAAGGGCUUUUGAAUGCGUUGGUUAACGAAAGACGAUCCGGAGGUGUUUUUGGAAGAUUCAUUGAGAAAAGUGGAAAUCCCCUAUGGUCUAAUUGUCUAGCCUUUUGGCAAGAAUCAUUUGAUUACGUAACAAUGUUUGAUGACCCCACCUUAAAUUUAUUCGAGUUGAAACGACACGCCAAUGCCUUAUUUGCUAAAUACAUCGUCGAGGGUUCUCCCAUGUCGAUAAACGCCUGUAGGCAAUUGCAAAGGGAUAUUGAGAGGAGACUAAAUCCGCCGUUCGACGAUCUCUUUGCCGGGGCAGAGGAAGUGGCCUUAGACGCUCUAUUCGACGCAUGGACUAGAAUGCUAUUAGACGAUUGUGCAACAUUCGAGAAGGUUCAACUAAUCGAGGUAACAAGACGUUUAGACACAAAAUCGAAACAUUUAAUCGCCUUACAAAGACGGGGUGUAAUAAAAGAUAUUCCGGAGGAUGAUGAUAUAUCGAUGGACGAUUACGCUGAUCCUGUAUAUGAUGAGACGCUUUUAGAAAAAAUACCGGAGGAGUUUCGUGAUUAUUCAUUCGAAAAACUAAUUCAUAAUCGGAUUGAAUUGGAAUACUUUAGGAAAUUUCUUGCCGAUAAUUACGCAAGUAUGGAUCUGAUGUGCUGGAUGGAUAUCGAAACAUUUAAACGUCUACCGCAUACGGAAGAAAAGAAAAGAGACGAAAAAGCAAAGGAGAUUAGAGUAAAAUAUCUUAAUAAAAAAUAUUUCUUCGGUGUCAAUUCACCAGCUGGAAAGGAUACUCAAAACCGAUUAAUGGAAUCUGUCGGUGGUUGGGGAAAGUUACUCUCCGAAAGACCACCGACUCAAUUACUCCUUGAUGUCCAAAAAAUAGUAGAAACGAGAUUAAUCAAAAAGUGGUUACCUUUAUUCCUUGCUACAGACGAUUUUGGUCAACGUCAAAGACCUCCCACCAGGAUGAGUGAUGCAGCGGAAGAUUUUGGCAUUCAAAGAAGAAGAAAAGUUAACGCCCUCCAUAAGAUGUUGGAUAGCAAAUGGAUUUCUUCAAGCAAAGACGUUCUGGUCUUCAGAAAAGCCUUAUUAAACCCUAUAACUUCUUUGCAAUUUCGAAAGUUUGUCUCUUUACAAGGUGACAACUUGGAAAAUGAUGUUCUCUUUUGGCAAGAGGUGCAACGAUACAAAGAAGUAUGCCAUAAUCAUUGCGAUAGGAAUGUGAUAAUAGCAAAGAUAACAUCUAUACUUAAUUGUUUCAUUGAUUCUGCUAUACCGCCUUCUUUACAGAUUGAUGUUCCCCAAGAGAUGGCUGAUCGUAUUUUGAAUAAAAAGAAUGAGGCGGGACCUUAUUUGUUUAGAGAAGCUCAAUUAACCGUCUUUCGAGUUCUUUUUGAAUAUUGGGAACCUUUUUGUAAAUAUCGCCAAAAACUCUCCGAGGAUAAGAUUAUACCAACAAUUGAGCGUCAUAGGAGAAAAUUCCGACAACAGCAAAGGGAGAAAGAGAGAAAGUUAGAACAGCAAAGAGAAGUCGAAUCGGCUGAGAAGAGAAAAGCCGAAGUGGAAGACGAAAACUUUGAUCCAUUCGCCGAAGGUGGUGAUUCGUCCAAAGUACCUUCUCAUUUGUCUUGGUCGUACGGCCAAUAUAUGAAUGCAUUGCACAGAGAAGAAUUACUUAAUGAGGUUGAUGCGUCAACAUUUUCAUCCUCAGUCGUUGAUGUCACUAUUCUUGACGAAAAUGAUGAAUCAAACAAAUGUAUCAGAAACAGUAGGCCUACAACCUCUCGACCAAAAUCUUCGGUAAGAAAAGGAGAGAAGAUUGAAUCAUCCUCACAAACAGACACAACUAAGGCUUUACCGAGAAAAUCUGCUCUAAAAUCGAAAAAAUAG